AUGAGGACCAAGAAUAUAACAAUUAAAACGGGCAUACUCUCAAAAUUCACAAAUGAAAUACAAUCAAGUUUAUGAUAACAAACUUAGUGAAGCUAGUCAAGAUCUAAAUUUUAUGUCUAAAAAGAAAGAACGAAUAAUGAAUAGUUGAUUAAAUAAUAAAAUUAAUAUUAUUAAUAUGGAGAAACUAUAAAAAGAGAUGCAUAAUUAGUAUUAGUAUUUACUCUUAGAAUUAAAUCGAUUAAGCGCUAAGUUGGUAAGAUUAGAAGAACAAUAAGACAUGAUCAAGCAACAAUAAUCAGUUCCAAUUUAACAUAAAGAAAAUAAUUACGAUUAUAUAGUAAGAUUGACAACUACUAGUCAUAAAUCCGUAGCAUUGAAAUGAUUUAAGACAGGUACAAUCAUAUGAGCAACCAAUUCGAUAAGCUGAGGCAGCAGAUGGAUCAAAAAGUCUGUUUGGAUGAAUUUGUUAAGUACACAUAAAAAAUAGCAUCAGAAUAUGCUACUUUAUAGAUGCUAGAUUUAGGCAUUUAAUCCAUCGAAACAAGGAUAUUAAUAAAUCCAUCUGAUUCCAAAUUGAAGGGGAGCUUAGUUGCUUCGAGAGUAAAAUAGUAAAACAAGUAAACUUAAGUUUUUGAAUAUCAACAUACAGUUGAAUAGUAAUUUGAAGAGAGAUUAAAUCGCUUUAGAGAAUUAAUAACAUCUUAAGUCAGAUAGUUUUGUGAUCAAGUGCAGGCUUAGGAUAUAAGCAAACCAUUUAGAGAAUAAAUUUCAAAUAAUGUAAAUAAUCUACAUGAAAAGUUGCAUCAACUUGAAUUAUUUUAAAUGGAGAUUUAAAGACAUUUGGAGGCAAGAGAAUUUGAAAAACUCAUUAAGUAAUACACCUCAAUAGAAGAGAGACUGAAAUUGUUGGAAAACCAUUAGUAAGGAUUAACAAACUUAAUUCAAGUUAUAAAUCAGCAGAAAAAAGUUGAUGAAGAAAAGCAGAAAAUAAAAAAGAAAGAGAAAAAAAAGGAGGAUCACUUAAAUUAAUAUUUGACUAUUGAAGAUUUCUAGAAGUAUUAACACUACAUUAAGGAACAUUAUUUGACUCAAGUUUAAGGUAAAAUAUGAUUUAACAAAAGGGGCUUAAUUUCUAUAGAGGAUUAACGAAACGGAGGAUAACAUCAAGAACAUGUUUAAUAAAGAUAUUUACGAUAGACUAGAAUCAGAAAUUGUUGAUAUUGAUGAAAAGUUUGGAGUUAUGUUGGAAUCUCUUUAAAAUAAGUUAAAUUAAUAAAUUCAAAAUCAAGUGUCUAAACUUAACACGUUUGAAAUGUAAAUAGGUUCAUUUAUGAGUAAAUCUGAAGUGAUUUAGAUGCUAGAUAAUCCUCAAGCCAUGAUGAAGGUGAAUUCUGCAGUUUAGAAUAUACAAGAGAAGUUCAAAGAGCUUUAUUCAAAAUAGAUUGAUAUACUGGAAGCUUAAUUUAGAUUCUCAAUCAGUAAUAUAUAGUCGGCUAAUAUUACGGAGAAUGAUAAAUUAAAUUAGAAUGCUUUACUUUUAAAAAAAUGUGAAUAAAUUAGAGUCUCAUUAUAAGAGUUUUUUGGUUAGAAUAUUUAACAAAAUUAAACAUAAAAGAAACAAUAAGAAUUGAAUUAGUAAUAAUCUUAACAUUUUAACAACUCUAACAAACUAGAAAGCAAAUUUUAGAAUCGACCUUUAUCAGUUGGAAGCAGGUAUCCAAAAAUGAGGAGACAAUCUGCAACUCCAAAAGUGAUCUCUUCAUCCUUUUCAGGAAGUUCAGAGCCAUAAUUUUUUUAAAAGGUUUUGUAGAAUCCUCUGGUCCAAAAACUGAAGAAAUGA